AGUGUAUGUGCAGUAUGGUGUAGUAUGGUGUAAUAUGGUGUGGUAUAGUAUAGUGCAGUAUGGUGUGGUAUAGUGUAGUACAGUAGUGUAUGUGCAGUAUGGUGUGGUAUAGUAUAGUAUAGUGUAGUAUGGUGUGGUAUAGUGCAGUAUGGUGUGGUAUAGUGUAGUACAGUAGUGUAUGUGCAGUAUGGUGUAGUAUGGUGUGGUAUAGUAUAGUGUGGUAUAGUGCAGUAUGGUGUGGUAUAGUGUAGUAUGGUGUGGUAUAAUGCGGUAUGGUGUGGUAUAGUGUAGUACAGUAGUGUAUGUGUAGUAUGGUUUGGUAUAGUGUAGUGUGGUAUAGUAUAGUGUAGUAUGGUGUGGUAUGGUGUAGUAUGGUGUGGUAUAGUACAGUAUGGUAUGGUAUAGUGCAUUAUGGUGUGGUAUAGUGUAGUACAGUAGUGUAUGUGCAGUAUGGUGUAGUAUGGUGUUGUAUAGUGUGGUAUGGUGUAGUACAGUAGUGUAUGUGCAGUAUGGUGUGGUAUAGUAUAGUGUAGUAUGGUGUGGUAUAGUGUAGAAUGGUGUGGUAUAGUAUAGUGUAGUAUGGUGUGGUAUAGUGCAGUAUGGUGUGGUAUAGUAUAGUACAGUAGUGUAUGUACAGUAUGGUGUAGUAUGGUGUGGUAUAAUGCGGUAUGGUGUAGUGUGGUGUGGUAUAGUGUAGUACAGUAGUGUAUGUGCAGUAUGGUGUGGUAUAGUAUAAUGUAGUAUGGUGUGGUAUAGUGUAGAAUGGCAUGGUAUAGUGUAGUAUGGUGUGGUAUAGUGCAGUAUGGUGUGGUGUAGUGUAUGUGCAGUAUGGUGUAGUAUGGUGUGGUAUAGUAUAGUGUAGUAUGGUGUGGUAUAGUGUAGUACAGUAGUAUAUGUGCAGUAUGGUGUAGUAUGGUGUGGUGUAGUAUAGUGUAGUAUGGUGUGGUAUAGUGUAGUACAGUAGUGUAUGUGCAGUAUGGUGUGGUAUAGUGUAGUACAGUGGUGUAUGUGUAGUAUGGUGUGGUGUGGUGUGGUGUAGUAUGGUGUGGUGUAGUAUGGUGUGGUAUAGUGCAGUAUGGUGUGGUGUAGUAUGGUGUGGUAUAGUGUAGUAUGGUGUGGUAUAGUGUAGUGUAUGUGUAGUAUGGUGUGGUAUAGUGUUGUACAGUAGUGUAUGUGUAGUAUGGUGUGGUAUAGUGCAGUAUGGUGUAGUGUAGUAUGGUGUGGUAUAGUGUAGUACAGUAGUGUAUGUGCAGUAUGGUGUGGUAUAGUUCAGUAUGGUGUAGUAUGGUACGGUGUAGUGUAGUACAGUAGUGUAUGUGCAGUAUGGGUACUGUGAGCAUGAGAUUUGGCUGGAUGGAAUUAUUAACCCAGAGAACGAUUUACUACUAUUGAUGAGGUCCACAUGGAAUCUACAUACACAGAAUGAACUCUGUCAUUCCAUCAGUCACAGAGUGCUACACAUCCAUUGGCACUUUUAUCGGUGAUUAUUUAUCAGAGAUUAGCCACUUCAGUUAAAAUGAAUGGGAGAAAUUGGAAUGCCGAACAGCAGCCAAUGGUCCACAGAUGUAUUAAAGAAGUCCUGCCUUACAGAGCGCGUGUUUGCCAGUCUGCCCCAUAUGGAGAGGGGCGUGGCCAAAGUCCUGGGCGGAGACCCCAAAGGGAACAACUUCCUGUAUACCAACGGGAAGAGUGUGAUAAUCAGAAACAUCGAUAACCCUGCGAUCGCAGACGUCUACACUGAACACCCGCAUCAGGUGAUCGUAGCGAAAUACGCCCCGAGUGGAUUCUACAUUGCGUCGGGCGAUGUGUCGGGGAAAAUCCGGAUCUGGGACACGACGCAGAAAGAGCAUUUGCUGAAGUACGAGUACCAGCCGUUCGGAGGGAAGAUCAAGGACAUCGCCUGGACCGAAGACAGCAAGAGAAUCGCUGUGGUGGGGGAGGGUCGAGAGAAGUUUGGAGCAGUGUUUCUCUGGGAUACGGGUUCAUCUGUCGGUGAGAUUGUGGGUCAUAGUAAGAUCAUCAACAGUGUGGACAUCAAACAGACUCGUCCGUAUCGUCUGGUGACGGGCAGUGACGACAACUGCACCACAUUCCUGGAGGGACCACCCUUUAAAUUUAAAUGUACCAUGAGUGAUCACAGUCGGUUUGUGAACAGUGUGCGGUUUUCUCCUGAUGGUAAUCGUUACGCAUCAGCCGGAGCCGACGGACAGAUUUUCCUGUAUGAUGGUAAAACCGGAGAUAAGGUGGGAUCUCUGGGAGGAGAGAAGGCCCAUGAUGGAGGCAUUUACGCUGUCAGCUGGAGUUCUGACAGCACGCAGCUCAUCUCAGCAUCAGGUGAUAAGACGGUUAAAUUAUGGGAUGUUGGCAGUGGGAAAGCGGUGACGACCUUUAACCUGGGCUCUGAUGUUCUGGACCAGCAGCUGGGCUGUUUGUGGCAGAAGAAUCAUCUGCUCAGCAUCUCUCUGUCUGGAUACAUCAACUACCUGGACAAGAACAACCCCGAUCGCCCGCUGCGCACCAUCAAAGGUCACACUAAAUCCAUCCAGUGUCUGACGGUUCACUCGGUGGACGGCCGAUCAAACAUCUAUUCAGCCAGUCAUGAUGGACACAUUAAUUACUGGGACUCAGAGACUGGAGAUAAUGAGGAGUUUCUGGGGAAGGGUCACUCUAACCUGGUCGCUAAGAUGACUGUAGAUGACUCGGGUCGUCUGGUCACCUGCAGUAUGGAUGACACCGUCCGCUUCACUGACCUCAAAAAGAAAGAGUACAGUGCAUCUGAUGUUGUAAAAAUGGACAUGCAGCCAAAGUGUGUCAGUGUGGGUCCCGGAGGUCUCACCGUCGCCGUGUGUAUCGGACAGCUGGUUCUGUUGAAGGACAAGAAGAAGCUCUUCACUCUGGACUCUCUCGGUUACGAGCCUGAAGCUGCUGCCGUUCACCCUGGAGGCGGGACUGUGGCUGUGGGCGGAGCUGAUGGAAAGGUGCAUCUGUACUCGGUUCAAGGAAACACACUGAAGGAUGAUGGGAAUGUGUUGUCGGUUCAAGGGCCGGUGACGGACAUGUCGUACUCUCGUGACGGAGCGUAUCUUGCUGUAACCGACGAGAAGAAGGUCGUCACUGUGUUCACUGUCGCUGAUGGAUACUCGGAGAAGAAUGAGUUCUACGGUCAUCACGCCAAGGUCAUGUGUUUGGCCUGGUCACCUGAUAACGAGCACUUUGCCACCAGCGGAAUGGACAUGAUGGUUUAUGUGUGGACCAUCAACGAUACUGAGAAGAGGAUCAAAUUACCAGAUACCCAUCGGUUACAUCAUGUCAGUGGUCUGGCGUGGCUCAAUGCAAACACGCUCGUCACGACAUCUCACGACUCGUGUGUGAAACAGUGGACAUUAAAAAUCUAAACGCUCACGUACACCUGCAACAUCAACAGAGGACUCACCGGCAGUCUCUCUCUCUCUCUCUCCCUGUCUCUCUCCCUGUCUCUCUCUCUGUCUCUCUCUCUCUCUCUCUCUGUCUGUGUCUCUCUCUCUGUCUCUCUCUCUCUCUGUGUCUCUCUCUGUGUCUCUCUGUCUCUCUCUCUGUCUCUCUCUCUGUGUGUCUCUCUCUCUCUCUCUCUCUGUCUCUCUCUCUCUGUGUGUCUCUCUCUCUGUGUCUCUCUGUCUCUCUCUGUCUCUCUCUCUCUCUCUGUCUCUCUCUCUGUGUCUCUCUCUCUCUCUCUCUCUCUCUCUCUCUCUGUGUCUCUCUCUCUCUCUCUCUCUCUCUCUGUGUGUCUCUCUCUCUCUGUGUCUCUCUCUCUGUGUGUCUCUCUCUAUCUCUCUCUCUCUCUCUCUCUCUCUCUCUCUAGUUUUCUGUAUGUAACUCUGGUUUUGGUUCGGCUCAUUUCUCCUGCAGGUUUUCAGCUGCUGAACUAACACACAAUAGAACGAUGAUGUCAUAGUGUUUCACUGCACAGUCAGACAGGAACCCUUGAACACUCGAGCAGCACUUGACCUUCCAAAACAACACAAUCUGACCACAAACUCUGUCAGUGUCACAUUCCAGAAGCAGGGGUCAGAGUUCAUGACCCGGCCGAGGGUGGCCGCGUGUUCAUGGAGCUCUGCAGCAGAUGUUUGGAUGUGUGUGUGUAUGCGCGUGUGUGUUUAUAUUGAUGAGCAGGGGACAAUGUUCGGGAGCAAUAAUCACAAUAAACGUACAGAAGAACGUGUCUGAACUCUGUGUGUGAUGGUACUUUACUCUGACUCAUCACAUGUUGAUUUACAAAGUGUUUUUGUUUGGAUGUCUCGUACAUUUUUCAUUGGGUGGAUGUGAUUCAUAAUUGUAUUAAUAAUGAGAAUAAAACACUUUUUACGCA